CGAGUAUUUUGUCUUUAACGCCGCUGACAGACCGACAGCUUUGACUCUUCAGCCUUUAGCAGCCAUUAGACUCACUAUUUCUCUUCAUUCCUCCAAAUAUUUACACGUCUAUCUAUCCCACAGGUGUCCGAGGGUGAUGCGGAGCGUGUGCAUGAGCCGUGGCGUGGUGACCCGACCCGAGCGCUGGUGACGGGGGUCAUGGGACUGCUGCUGCCCCCUAUCUGUCUCUCAGUCCACCCCGCUGCCUCCAGAGGCCCCAGGAUCCUACGCUCCCUUAGGUUCCAGCCCAGUCCUGAAAACAGCACAGCUGGUGGAGAUUUUCGGUCUUGCUUCUGAAGAUAAUGUCUGAAUCUUCUCUGGACACAAGAAGUUGUGACGUUAUGAAGGUUCUGGAAAGUGACGCGCCGCACAUGGCCGAACCAAUCGCGUCCCUCAACGACCUCCAACACAGUCCCCAGAACAACGGCACACACACCCAGGAGUGUGUGACAGACCAAAGUUCCUCCCAUCAAACUCAGCUCGGCCAAUCAGCACAGACUAAUAAACGGUCCAAGUCCAACGGCAAGUUAAAGUUAGUCCGCAGCUUGGCGGUGUGUGAGGAGCCGUCUCCGCCUCCGCUUCGAGAACUGACGCACGAACAGGAAAAGAUUCAUAUCGAGCUCAGUCAGUCUUUCGAAAAAGACGAAACGUCCAUCAAAAAUGAGGACAGUGAGAAAAUCUCAGAAAAGCCAGAGAAAACAGACCCACUGUCCAAGAAGACGCUCUCAAGAGAUCCCAGUCAGGACUACACCGACUCCACAGGAGUAAACCUCCACGAGUUUCUGGUCAACACGCUGAAGAACAACCCCCGAGACAGAAUGAUGCUGCUGAAACUCGAGCAAGAGAUUCUGGACUUCAUUAGUAACAUUGAAAGUCAGAAGAGGAAGUUCCCCCCGAUGACAUCAUACCACAGGAUGCUGCUUCACAGGGUGGCGGCGUAUUUCGGGCUGGACCAUAAUGUCGAUCAGACCGGGAAAUCAGUCAUUAUCAACAAAACCAGCAACACUAGAAUGUACGUCUGCAUUUCAACUGACCCUGGUUGUCAAAACUACAAAAGAUUUGAAUGUAACACCGUUUUUAUUACUUACAGACCGGAGCAGAAGUUUUCUGAACACAUAAAAGAUGAUAAAACAGAUGAUUUCCAAAAGCGGUACAUCUUAAAGAGAGAUAACUCCAGCCUGGACCAGGAUGACGGCAGGGUGAGAAAUAUAUGA